AUGUGCUCCAGAAAAAGAGAAUUUUUCAUCACUGAUGAAAGUGUUAUGCAGAUUUUGGAGGCUUGCAGUAGUGAUGACGAAGAUAAUCUGUUACUUGAAGGAGAUAUAGAAGAUGAAAGAGAACAUGUUAUUAUAGAAGAUCCUGAAAAAGAAAUACGUAGCCCACCUAGCAAAAGAAGGCAUACAGACGAAAUAUCAGAACCAAAUGCUGAGAUACCUGAUUCCCUUCCAGAUUUACCAGAAUUUAAACGGUCCAGAACUUACCAUCCAAGACAGUUCAGUGAUAACAUGAGUCAUGAAUUUGGGAAAGUGCUUUUGUUUAGUGUCAGUGAAAAUCGUGAAAUGCCACAGCCAUUUGAAAUUUUUUCUUCCAUUAUUGGCCUAAAAGAUUUGGUGCAUGAUAUAUUAAUUCCUGAAAGUAUUCUGCGUGUAGAACAAUCAGGCAACACAUUCAGCGCAAAUCAAUAUGAAAUCAAGGCAUUUCUUGGUACAAACCUGGUAAUGGGGUACCAUAUUUUGCCUACAUUUAGAAGCUACUGGGCAACUGAACCUGAUUUAGGUGUUCCUUACAUAGCUCAGAUUAUGCCACUACAUCAGUUUGAAGAGAUUCGAAAGUACUUACAUUUUUCCAACAAUGCAGAUCAGUCAAUAAAGGAAGACCGCACAUACAAAGUGAGACCUGUAAUUACCCAUUUGAACAAAACCUUCCAGGAAUCUCCUAGUGCAACUAGGGCUCAAUCUGUAGAUGAGCAUAUGAUCAGAUUCAAAGGACAUAAUAUUAUGCGACAGUAUGUCAAAAAUUAG